ACAAGUAAAACGUUAUUAGUCGAUUAAGGUACGUCAAUAUUAAAAGUGAUUAUUUUGUAAAUAAUCAAUCGUGGUCAUAAUUGGUAUAAAAUUUCAUUUGAUUUAUUCACUUAAUUUUUUUAAGUACAUCAUAUUUCAGGUUCUAACACAAGUGGCUUUGACUUGAAAUAAAUCUUGACUGAAUCAAGUAUGACUUCUAUUAAAGAAGAAGUUGUGAUAUCCGGUGUCGGAGGAAUGUUUCCUGAAGCAGAUAAUUUAGAAGAAUUUAAAUCUUUGUUGUUUAAUAAAACUAAUUGUGUAACUAUUGAUUCUAGACGAUGGCGUCCUGGAAUUUUAAAUCUUCCACUCGCUAGUGCAAAAUUAAAAAAUGUAGAAGUUUUCGACGGACUAUUUUUUAAAUCACAUCCGAAACUUUCGGAAGUAACUGAUCCAGUGUUAAGAAUUACAUGGGAAAGAACUGUCGAAGCUAUUAUUGAUGCUGGAAUUAACCCACAUGAUUUGAGUGGCACAUCUACAGGAGUAUUUAUGGGAAGUUUUAUGAGUGAAACUGAAAAAAAUGUAGUAGCUCAUUCAAAAUCUUCGGGUCUAUUCAUGUUAGGAGUUGGAAAAACUAUGCAAUCUAAUAGGAUUUCAUAUAGUUUGAAUUUAUCGGGUCCAAGUUAUUCUUCUAUGAAUGGAUGGUCUACGGGAGCUGAUUCUUUAGUUGUAGCUAAAAAUUUAAUUGAAAACGGUUACAUAAAUGCAGCUAUUGUUGGAACUACAAAUUUAACUCUGGAACCUGGUAUAUCACUACAAUUUAAAGGGCUAAACUAUCUUACGAAUUCUGAUCAAACAAAAUCUUUUAGCGCUAAUGCUGAUGGAUAUAAUAGAUCAGAAUCAAGCGUAGUAUUAUUUUUGCAAAAAGCCUCUGAAGCAAAACGUUCAUACGGUACAAUUGUCAGUGUUAAAUCAUAUCAUUCAGGAGAUCAUAGAAAUAUGGUAUUUGACCAUUCAAAAGAUACUUUAAAAUCAGUAUUAUUAGAUACAUACCAAGAAGCAAAUAUUGAUCCAACAAGUAUUGAGUAUUUAGAGGCACAUGGGUCUGGAAUAAAGGAACAAGACAGUUUAGAAUUACAAGUUAUAGAGGAAGUCUUUUGCAGUAGUCAGCGAAAAAAACCUUUAUUAAUAGGAUCAGUGAAAAGUAACGUUGGCCACACAGAGGAAUGUGGAUUAUUUACAUCCAUCGCUAAAGCUAUCAUAUCUUUUGAAAGUGGUUACAUACCACCAAAUAUUAAUUAUUUUGAGCCACGUACAGAUAUUACAGGAAUUAAAACUGGACAAAUGCAGGUGGUAACCGACAUAACACCUUUAUCUGGAGAUGUAAUUGGUGUGACUAGUUUUGGAUUUACAAAUAAUUUUUCUCACGUUAUACUAAAAAAAAAUGAUAAAGUAAAAGUAUCAAAUACUAAAAAUGAUAUUCCCAAAUUAAUAGUACUAUCAGGAAGAACCGAAGAAAAUGUUAAUGAAGGGUUAAAAAUGAUUUUGGAACAUGGUGAUAACGAUGAAUACGUUGCAUUAACUCAUGAUAUUUUUACAAAAAAUAUUAAUAGUCACUUUUAUAGAAAUUAUACUAUCCACCCAUUACCACUUACUUUCAAAAUGGAACCUUGUCAGAGUGUAACAUUACAAAAGCGUCCGGUAUGGUAUAUAUUUUCUGGCAUGGGUUCACAAUGGCCUGGAAUGGGAACAGAUUUAUUAAAAAUACCAAUUUUCGCUGAAACAAUUAAAAAAUGUGAUAUAGUUUUACGGAAAAAAAAAAUUGACAUCUUUAAAAUUCUGACAGAUCUCGACACUACAAUUUUUGAUAACAUACUUCAUUCUUUUGUUGGAAUUACAGCAAUACAGCUUGGCCUAGUCGAUGUAUUGUAUGCAUUAGAAAUCGAACCAGAUGGUAUAGUUGGACAUUCAAUGGGAGAAGUGGCUUGCGCAUAUGCUGAUGGAUGUUUUACGAUUGAAGAAGCAAUAUUAGCUUCUUAUUAUCGCGGUUCAUCAUCUAAUGAACUGGAUUUGAUACCCGGCAUGAUGGCUGCAAUAGGUCUCGGCUAUGCUCAAAUGAAAGACAUAGUACCGGAAGAUAUUGACAUUGCAUGUCAUAAUAGUUCAUCAAGUUGUACUAUAUCCGGACCCGUUGAAAGUGUGGAAAAAUUUGUGGCAAAAUUAAAAUCAGAAGGAAUAUUUGCUAAAGCUGUCAAUGUAUCUAAUAUUGCAUACCAUAGUCGAUACAUAAAACCUGUUGCUGUACUUAUCGAGAGUCAUCUCAAAGAAAUCAUUAAAAAUCCAAAACUGAGAUCAUCCAAGUGGAUUAGUAGUUCAGUUCCAGAAUCAGAAUGGGAUUCUGAUUUGGCUCGAUAUUCGUCAGCAGAAUAUCAUGCAAAUAAUAACUCUAGCAGUGUCUUAUUCGAAGAGGCUACUCGAUAUAUUCCUAAAGAUGCCAUCGCAAUUGAAAUAGCUCCACACGGUUUACUUCAAGCGAUUUUAAAACGCUCUUUCCCUGAAACAGUCACCAAUAUACCAAUGACUAAAAAUUCACCUGGUCAGUCUAUUCCUUUUUUUUUAAAUGCUCUAGGAAAAAUGUAUGUCUGUGGGUUAAAUCCAAUGGUACAAGCAAUUUAUCCUCCAAUUGAUUAUCCAGUCAGCCGUGGAACUCCAUUUUUAAAUAAAUUACCACUAUGGGAUCAUACAGUUACUUGGUCGUUAACCAAGUUUAAAUUUAAGUCAAGAGAAGAUUAUAAAACUUUAUCUUUAUAUGAAAACGAAAUUUUGUUUGAUCAUAAAAUUAAUGGUUACCAUGUUGUUCCUCCAUCAUUUAUAUUGCAUGUUAUUUGGCAAAAAUAUAUUAUAAUAUAUGAGGAUCAUAAAAAUGACCCAAUUAUUUUUCAAAAUAUACACGUCUUUCAUGACAUUAAAAUUUAUUACAGUAGUUCAUCGCAGUUAUAUUAUUUAAUUCAAGAAUCUGGAAAAUUUGAAGUUACACUAGACGAUAAAAUUAUUCUAGAUGGUGAGAUAAAACAUGUUAGACAAGAUUACUCACAAUUUGUUUGUGACGAUACUAGCCAUUUACACUCUGAGAAUACAAAUACAAAUUUCUAUUUAACAAGAGAAGAAUUAUAUAACGCACUAGAAAAUAAAGGCUAUCAAUUGGGGAAAAAUUUUAAAACAAUAGACCAAGUGAAAUUUUUUGAUCAAAAUAUUAUUGCAAAUAUACAAUGGAAUAAAAAUUGGUUUUAUUUUUUGGACGCUUUAUUAAAAAUUCCAUUAUUAGAAGAUUUGAGUUCUAAUCAAAUUGAUACAUUAAGCUCUAUUCAUCAAAUAUGUAUUGACCCAACAUUUCUUGACAAUCUUAAUGAGAAAUGUGUUCAAGUUAACUAUAAUACCACAACAAAAGAAAUAAUUUGCAAAGGAACCAAAAUAAGUGGUAUAGAAAAAAAAAAAUUAGAAAUAUCUAAGAAAAAUUCUUUAAUUACAUUAAAAUUAGAAACAAAAAUAUUCAAUAAAAAUAUUAGUUGCAAUACAAAAGACGUAAAUAAUUUCAUUGACCAUUGUACGGAAAUUGUGACUGAUAUUACCAAGUAUACACAAAACAAUUAUAGACACAAAGUAACAGUGUUACUCCAACAAAACUAUAAUGAUCCCUACAUACAAUCGUGUACUAAAACUUUAAAAAAUAAACUUGAUUCGAAAAUAUCUAUUGAGACUUCUUUGUUGAAUUGGGAAUAUUUUAUAAAUGAUUCAAAGAUUGACAGUGUAGGAAGUUACAUUAUGAUAUGUCAUAUAAGCUAUGUGCAAGAAAUAUUAAAAGUUUUAGGUAAUAAGGUGAACAGUUAUGUUAUUAUAACUUCACAAGAUAAAAUAAGUGAUAACUUCAACGGUUGGAAAAUAAUUUCUCAACAGAAAUUCGAACAACAUUACCUAACCUUGGUAAAAAAAAACUUACAAAUUGAUCAAAACAGUACUUUUAUAAAAAUCAAUUUUGAAAAUUCAAAUUUAAGAAUAUGGAAUUCAAUUUCACAAUGUCAAAAAGAAAACGAAAGAGUAUACUUAGUUUCAUACAGUGAACCUCUAGAAGGCAUCUAUAAAUAUAUAACAAAAAUGUUCAAAUUCUUAAAAACUGAUAAAAUAAGAUUUAUCUUUAUUCUUGAUUCAAAAGCUCCAGAGCUACUUACUGAUAAAAAGUUUUAUGAGGAGCAACUCAGCAAAGAUUUAAUCACUAAUAUUUAUAAACAUGGUAGUUGGGGGAUUUAUAAAAAUUUUUUUUUUGAAGAUAUAAAGGUAGAGACAAAUAAUUCGACACAAGUUAUACCCAUACAAUGUCCAUUAAUAAAGAAUAAUGAAUUUGAAAUAAAAUAUUUCGGAAUAAAUCAUAAAAAUAUUAUUAUUGAAGAACACUUAGUGAAUGAGAUGGGGCCACUGGAUUACUCUGGUGUAAAUUUUAAUGGUGAAGCAUUCAUGGGUAUUCUUUCUUAUAACCAAAAAUCAAAUGAUUCAAACUACGAACAAAUUUUGAAGUGGCCUAUUCCAAUAUCAUGGUCAUUAGAAGAUGCAGUUACUGUUCCUUUAGCAUAUUCAAUGGCAUACUAUGUUCUAAAAGUACUUGGUCGGCUGAAAAGAUUAAGUUCUGUACUAAUUACAUCCGGUAUUCACCCAAUUGGACAAGCAGCCAUAAAUAUUUGUUUGGCGGAAGGAUGUAACGUUUAUGUUGUCAUUGAAAAUAAACACCAAGCCGACUUUAUUUCGCAUAAUUUUUCUUCAUUACCAAAUUCACACAUAAUCACAAAUGAAGGUAACGCAGUUAACAUUAAAAUGAUGCAUUUUACUGACUAUCUAGGAGUUUCGCAUAUUUUAAAUUUUCUCGAGGGAGAAUUUUUAUUUAAUACUAUGCAAAUAGUUGCAAAACAUGGUUUCAUUUUCCACUUUUCUCAGACUGAUAUGAUGAAAUAUGAAAAACUAGGAUCACGAAUAUUUAUACAUAACGUAUCAUUUUAUGCAAUAUCAUCAUAUAGAUUAUUUGAAGAAUCUGAAAAAAAUAAACAAAUUAUCCAUGAUGCUAUUUUAAAUGGAUUAAAACAAGGCUUUAUAAAACCAUUAAAAGGGAAAUUUUUCUCUUCGUCGUUAUACAAUAACGAAUUAUUUAAUAAUUUAAAAAAUGCAUCUUUAAAUACUGGCCGAGUAAUAAUUCCCUUGGAUCACUCUAUUUCAAAGUCAGGAUAUGUGAAGUCUACCGCAGAAGGAAUUUAUCAAUGUAAUCCAGAUCUAUCUUAUGUUAUCUUAGGAAAUAGAGAUGAAUGGUUAAACAUAGUCGAAUGGUUGGUUGAACGAGGAGCAAGAAAGAUAACAAUAAUAGUGAAUAAAUGUUCAUUGAAUGUAAUUGGAUGUAGAAAGUUAAAUAAACUCUUAUCAAAAAAUACAUCUAUAAAAAUUGAAUUAGAUACAUCAAUGAAAUCAAAAGAAGAUAUCCUUAAAUGGUUUGAUCAUUAUACAGAAUCAGGUUAUCUUGGUGGAUUAUUCAUUAGUGAUCAAUCUGAUCAGAAUAAACUAAGUAAAUUCAGUUAUGCAUUUGAAAAAUUGAGCAAAAAAAUACCAACUUCUCUUUUCAUAUGUAUUUUAUGUAAAAGUGAACAGAUUUGUGAUAACCUUAAAUCGAAAGGGUUUAAUGCUUUGAAUAUUACUUGGGACGCAUCUAACAACAAAAAGAUAUCUGCAAAAACUAUUUUAUUAGCUUUGGAUUCGUUGCUUUAUAAGUCCAUAGAAAUGACUUCUUCCACAUUUCAAUUUUCCGAAGAGAACUAUGAAAAAAUGGAAUGGUCUGUAAAUGAUACAUACAUCGAUGAACUACCUGAAUCAUCUCAUGAUUUGCUUAAAAUAUUUAACAAAGUAAAAGAUGAAGCCGGUUUUGUGGAAAUUCAGACUAGGAGCCCAAGAUAUUCAUACGUGAAACAAGUUGUUCCGGUAUUUGUAUUUCCUGGUUUUAAAUCAAAUAAUAUUUCAGAAUUUUAUAAAAAUCUUAUGUAUCCUGCUUUUGAGGCUUAUCUUCCAAAUAGUAUUAUUUCUAUUGAUAACCUUGCAUUAACUUACGUCAAGAAACUGAAGGAAAUAUCAAACUCUAAUACAGUUUCAUUAGUUGGCGAAUCAUGGGGUGGAAUAAUUGUUUUAAAAAUAGCUCAAAUACUGGAAGCCGAAGGAACAUUGGUUUUUGUGUCUUUAUUAAAUGGAGAUUUAGAUAGUAUUCUCAAAUGGGCUAGAUAUAUAGUUACUAAUUCUUUCAUAAAAGCAAAAUUGGAAAAAAAAUAUUUGUUACCAUUACAAACAUCUGGUCUAAAUAUUAAGUCUGAUGCUCAUAAUGUAUUGAAAAAACACUGUAAUGAUUCUUUGAAUAUAGAAUUUUCAAGAGAUUCUAAUAUUAUGGAUGCCUUUGUUGGUAUUUUUUCGUUGCUCCAAGCUUUAAUAGAUACCAAACCAUUACCAAAUAAAUUGCAUACUAAAGUUUUAGUAUUUACUUUUAACGAACAUUAUGACUAUUCUUCAUCAAUCUUGUUCAAAUACUGUAAAUCCUUGCCAGUGGUAUAUAUUGAAAAUAUCACAGAUUCGAAUAACAAGCAAACUAAAAAUGAAAUUUAUGAAAAUAUCAAUAAUAAUAUGGCAUAUUUAAAAAAAGGAGAAAAUAAUAUGACUAUAAAAGAAAAAUAUUAUAACCAUUAUUUCGAAUUAUUUUCAAUUUUAAUGGAUUAAACAAAUAGAGUAUUUUUAACUCAUUCGUAAACUAUUUAUUAAGGUACACAGAUAAAAAAACGCAAAAUUAAUUUUUUUAAAGUUCAGAUGUAAAUUUUUUACUUUAAAAUAAUCAGAUUUCCUUUUUCAACAAAUUUUAAGCAGUUUUGUACUUAUUAAUCUUAUUACAAUUAUUAUUUAAUCUU